AUGUGGCGCGACCGCAUUUCGGGUCAAUCAACCCCUUCAGGAGGUCCUCGAAAUCCAUCCUUGCCCCGACGUUCAUCUUCCCAAUUGUCUCGUGGCCCCUACAACUCUCGUCCCGGCAAUGCUUCGAGAACUUCCUCCACGUCAUUAUUGGUUUCUCCGAAUGACUCGACCGCUUCCAUUACCGGCCCUUCAACCCGCUCACCCAAUGAUACAGGGCUAAGACAGACUAGUGCCCAGCGACCACGCCCGGCUACAGUGCCCGAUCCGCUCGAGGUCUUGAAUGGAAUCAUUCGAAAGGAGACUCAGAUAAAGGAUGUACCGCAGCUAUCUACAAAGCCACAACAGAGACCAUCGGAACUGAUAGAGGUAAUUGAUUUCGAUGGAUUGAGCUUGGAGGAGUUUGUGACCAAGACGGAUCCAAAGCCGUUUAGGAAGUCCGCUACGAGCGAUGUCAAUGCGCAAACAACACAGCAGUUCGAACAGGAGCGAGACAAAUUCCAGGAUCUCCAUACGGCUAUCAGUGGUUGUGAUGAUGUUUCCAAAUCAGUAGAGCUUUACCUGAAUGACUUCCAAACGGAGCUGGGUGCCGUGUCGGCGGAAAUUGAAACCCUGCAAACCCGAUCUACCCAGCUGAAUGCGAUGCUCGAGAACCGAAGGAAUGUUGAACGGUUACUCGGCCCAGCGGUAGAGGAGAUAAGUAUCUCACCAAAGGCUGUUCGUACAAUCGUUGAAGGUCCCAUGGAUGAGAAUUGGGUGCGCGCCCUGAACGAGAUUGAUGCUCGGACAACAAGUAUCGAAUCUAAGGCAGCUUCCCCAGCAGGCUCCAAGGCCAUUGAGGAUGUGCAGCCACUUUUGGUCGACUUGAAGAAUAAAGCAAUCGAACGCAUUCGCGACUACUUGGUCUCUCAAAUCCGGGCGAUGCGGUCACCAAACAUCAACGCGCAAAUAAUUCAACAACAAAGGCUGGUGAAGUUUAAAGACCUUUAUACCUAUCUAUCAAAGGUCCACCCAACCCUUGCUGGGGAAAUUUGCCAGGCAUACAUCAAUACAAUGCGCUGGUAUUAUGCAUCCAAUUUCACCCGUUAUCUUCAAGCCCUCGAAAAGAUCAAGGUCUACCCCAGUGACCGAAAUGAGGUACUCGGCGGUGAUACUUCAACACACAGAGCAGGAAAUAUCCUCCCUGGCGGCCGAGCUGGCUCUGCUGCACACGACCCUUUUUCACUAGGUCGACGGAUUGAUAUUCUCCGCAAUGGGCACCAACCGGCUAUAUCAUCUUACCUUGCUGAGGAGGACCAUGCUUUUCAUGGAAUAGAAGUACCGUUUCGGAAUUUCAAUGUUGCUCUGGUAGACAACAUCUCCACCGAGUACUCUUUCCUCACUGAGUUCUUUUCUUCUUUGACAUUCCACCAAAUCUCACGCCACGCUGCGGAGAUUUUCGAACAAUUGUUCACAUUUGGCCGAAACCUCACCAAAAAGCUCAUUGAAAACACGACAGACUCGCUGGGAAGUCUUAAUGUGCUCCCCGUUGUAGAUUCUUAUGUGAACGGUAUCAAUAUGCAGCUGUGGCCACGCUUCCAAGUUAUCAUGGAUCUUCACAGCGAGUCUCUUAAGCGCGUUGGAUCAAAUACCGGACGCAGUGCAAUGUCUGCUCUUUCUAUCGCAGGUGGUGAUGAUUUGAAACAGUCAUCUGCACCUCAUUUUCUCACUCAGAGAUUUGGCCAACUUCUCCACGGUAUUCUGGUGCUUAGUAUGGAUGCCGGGGACGAUGAGCCUGUCUCCAACAGUUUGGCUCGUCUGCGCUCCGAAUUCGAUUCCCUCCUGGCGAAGUUGAGUCGAAAUGGUACAGAUGCGAAGCGUAGAGAGCGGUUUCUGUUCAACAAUUAUUCAUUGAUAUUAACCAUCAUUAGUGAUACCCAAGGAAAGUUAGCGACUGAGCAAAGACUGGUCAUUGGCGCCGGUGUGGUUGGACUUGCAGCUGCUAGACAAUUAGCAGCCCGCGAAGGUACCUCUACAAUUCUCUUGGAGAGACAUGAUGCGGUGGGAACAGAGACCAGUAGCCGAAACUCGGAGGUCAUGCAUGCUGGACUAUACUACCCUGCGGACUCCCUCAAAACGAAACUGUGUAUAAAAGGACGUAACAUGCUAUACGACCUAUGCUCAAAGCACGAUAUUCCCCACCGCAAUACAAAGAAAUGGAUUGUUGCACAGACAGAUGAACAAUGGGAGUCUUGUCUUCGAGUGCACGCGCAUGCACAAAAUUUAAGUGAUGCGCCAACUCGACUCAUUACAGCAGAGGAAGCAGCCCGCCGCGAACCAGCCGUUAAAGCCGAUGCGGGUAUAGUCGAAAGUGAAACGACCGGUAUUGUGGACAGCCAUGCCCUGAUGACAUAUCUGCAUGGUGAUUUUGAAAACCGUGGUGGCGAUUGCGCAUUCAAAACACGCGUUACGGACGUAGAUUACAUCCCUGGCGAGGGAUACAAAAUCACAGCCGUAUCCGACGAAGACGGCUCGGGUACAUACUUCUCCUACGGCGCGUCUAACCCGCGAACCUCUGUCCUCGUUUACCCAGCAACUGUACCCGGCCAUGGCGGUCUCGGCACUCAUCUCACAUUGGAUAUGGGUGGUCGUAUUCGCUUUGGUCCAGAUGUGGAAUGGGUAGAUGAUCCCAAUGACCUAAAGCCCAGUCCUGCGCGCCUGAAGGAGGCUAUCCCGGAGAUCCUGGCUUAUAUGCCUGGCGUGGAUCCCUCGGCGAUCUCACUGGAUUACUGUGGCAUUCGACCAAAGUUAUCUCGUGGUGGUGGUGUAAAUAUUGGAGCCACUUUUCAGGAUUUCGUUAUCCAGGAAGAACAGGGCUUCCCUGGUUUUGUGAACUUGCUAGGAAUCGAGAGUCCUGGCUUGACGAGCUCCUUGGCCAUUGGUGAGAUGGUUGAUCAAAUAUUAUAUCGGUAG